UGCAGCUUCCGUUUUCGGCGAGAAACUAGAACCGAAAAGAUCCAACGUAAAACAUUCAGAAUCCGUUUUGUGGUAUAGAUAUUCGCAGUUUCUCUCGUAAUUCGUGAACAUAUUGACGAUAAGAAAGUGCCCAUCAACAUCCACAGCCCAAAGAUGCUGACCAAAUACUGUCGUAUUUGCUUAACUAGCGCCGGUGUUGUUCAUAAACUGGACGAAGUAGUGCAUAAAUCCCUGACUCUUUAUGCAGUUCUGUGCAAAAUGUAUCCUGAGGCAUUUACUGACAAUAUCGAGGCGCAAUGGCCAACGAAAGCCUGCGAUAUCUGCAAGCAAGCAAUAUUGGAUGCAUACGGGUUGUACGUAGUUUGCAUGUCAACCCUCGAUAUUCUGAGGAAACGCCUGAAGAGCAAACCGCACGAAUCAAAUCAGUCGAGUGCAGAAAUGAGUUUUUCAGAUCAAAGCUUCAUUGUAGCUGAGAAUGAAACAAUAGAUUUCAAUGAUCAUGUUAAAAAUACAAGUGACGCAGAAGAUAAUACGUCAUCUUUAUCAAUAGAGGAGGAAGAACUAAUUCGUGUGUCGGUAGAAAGGAUCGCAGAAGAGGAGCAAAACAACGCAAGACUUUUGUUUAGCACACAACAAGAACAGUGUGGGGAAGGAAAAGAUAUCAUUCUACAAUCACAGAAUGAAGAAGCAAUUGAAAUUAAAAACGAAGCUGCUGGUUAUUAUAGCCAUGAAAUUGUUGAACUAUCCGUAGAAAUGGAUUGUGUGGCGCCGAACAAUACUAUUCCAAUCGAAGAAGAGCAUUUGGAUGAGUUUGAGGGAAGCAUGGAGUAUUUGGAUGACACAGAGGAUAGCUUGCAUGCCAGACCACAUCAAGAAUAUGAAGAUAAUCAAUGGGAAAACUCAGUGGGUGAGAGCACGGUAACAGUCCCAGAUUAUUCAAAUGCCAUUAUGAAUUCUGAAUCCUUGGAAGAUGGUUCUGAUGAAUCGGAAGACGAAGAUGUUUUUGCAAACAUAUUUUCGACGGAUAUAUUAUGUUGUGAAUCAUGUCGGGAUGUGUUUCUGGACAAAGUCUCAUAUGAGAAACAUUUGAAACAUCACAGACUUGGGCGUGUAAUUUGCAAAAUGUGCAACAAAGGCUUUAAAAGCGUAGCUGUUCUGAAUGCACAUGAAUGUCGGUAUGAGUCCUCGACCCUAUGUUGGAUAUGUGGUAACAUUACGGAUACGACGAAAAAGCAUAAGAGACACAUGCAAUCUCAUAUGCCAGAAGGCACGUGGGCUUGUCAACUUUGCCCUUUACGAUUUAAUUCUAAGACUGUCUUGAAAGGCCAUGUAAGAACACAUAAGAAGGAUAGGGGCUAUUGUUGCGAUGUGUGUGGAGCAAACUUAUCAUCAAAACGUAAUUUGAAAUACCAUCAACGAUCGGUUCACGGGGGAGGUGUUGAGAAGGUAUACAGCUGCACCCUUUGCGAUCGCAGAUUUUCGCUCCCGUAUGCGCUCAAGACACACAUGAAAACCCAUACGGGUCUAAGACCCUACAGUUGCGUGUAUUGUAACCGUGUUUAUGGAUGUGGCGGAGAUUUGGUAGAGCACGUCGCCAAGCAUCAUAUUGGUAACGAUAAUAUCUAUCAGUGUCACCAGUGUGAUGAAGCUUUCCCGCGGAUCAAACAGCUUCGAGAUCAUUACGAGGUGCAUUUCAGAAACGGUGAGCAGUUCUAUAACGAAAUACUGACGGAUUUUGGAAAGUUUCGAUUCACUACCAUGGAUCUGCUAAAUAUGCGGCACCGAAAAGAAUCGAAAGAAAAAGACUACCGAAAAAUCGAUUAGAAAUGUUAAUACGCUAGCACAGUUUUGUUCAACCCAUAUUAAUCAACAAUGGAACACCUAUUGGUGGUUAGCCUAGAACACAACAAGGAAAAUAAGCGAAAGAGAAUCCACACGAUUAGGUUGUUAAACAACGAGAUGCAUGUUCAGCCAAAGUUCACAUGCAGCACAAUGGAACUCAAUCAAACUACUAGGCCACACGUUCUGGUCCAAUGCAGUAAAACCCAAAUCACGCUCGCAAAACAUAUUAAUAAUUAAGGCUCAAUAAAUUAAAUAAUGUCAAUGUCAAUAAAUUGAUAAUACGAGGAAGAAUGGAGUAAUGGUUUCAUUGAAUGAAUCAACACAAGACAAGCAAAAACAUGAUGCGAAAUAUAUUUUCUUUCAAGCAGAAUCGACCAUA